AUGCGCAAAUAUUUUCCAGAGCGUCCGAUCGAGGUGAAUCCAGUGGUAAUAAUUCCACCACCUCAACCACCUCAGUAUGUUUCACCUGAGAUUGAGAUGGAACAACAUCUUAGUGCCCUGGAGGCACUAGCAUCAGCUGCUCCAGGUGUCGUUACUGCUGGCAUGGUGGCAAGAAUAAGAGCAUUAGGAGACCAGCUAGGUGUUGCCGUACAACAACAACAACCACCGCCUCAACCUCAUGUAGCUACUCAACAACAACAACCACGUCAAUAA